AUGAAUAUACUUUGGCAACCCAUUUGCAUCUAUGUGCCGGCGCUAACACUAAAUCAAGUUUCCGGCAUAAGUGUGCAUACAAUAGUGCCAAUCACCAGCCUCAUUUGCAUUAUCUAUACCAGUGUUGGUGGCAUUAAGGGUGUUGUCUGGACAGAUGUUAUUCAAGGCAUUGUAAUGGUUGGUGCCAUGGGAUUUGUUAUUGUCAAAGGCACCUACGAUUUGGGUGGCUUAUCAGUGGUUUUGGAACGUAAUCGAGAAUUCGAUCGUUUAGUGGGUCCUGACAUGACCUUUGAUCCCACGGUGCGUAUGGGCGUCCUUGCCCUGCUUGUUGGUGGUGCAUUUUUUAAGAUGCAAGCUAAUUGUAUAAACCAGGGGGCAGUGCAGCGGUUUAUGACUUUGCCGAACAUUAAGGCAGUCAAACAAACAUUAGUAAUAUCCCUAACAGGCUUCAUCAUAGUCAUGGCCAUGUGCAUUUACAUUGGAAUGCUUGCGUUUGCAGAAUUCUAUCACUGUGAUCCCAUAACCACGGGAUUGGCACGCGCCAAGGAUCAGGUAAUACCGCUGUAUGUCAUGCAAAGUGCUGGUGCCGUGCCCGGCUUUGUGGGUCUCUUUGUGGCAGGAGUGUUUAGCGCUGCACUCAGCUCUCUCUCCACUGCACUCAACUGCCUUUCCGCUGUGGUGCUUAAGGAUUUCAUCGAACCCCAUCGCAGUCGUCCGCUAACUGAACGCCAGACGGCUUAUGUGCUCAGAGGAGUAGUCAUUGUCUUUGGACUCAUCUCGAUGGCCAGUGUGCCCAUUGUACAGAAAUUGGGAAUGGUCAUGCAGCUCUCUUCUACAGUGGCUGCCAUCACCUGUGGACCGCUUCUAGGCGCCUUCUCUGUUGGCGUGCUACUGCCUUUUGUAAAAACAGAGAGUUUACUUAUUGGCAUUUCAUUCGCUACGAGCUUUAUUUCCUACAUUGUGGUGCGAGCUCAGAUUGCCAUGGCCAACGGUCAGUUGAGCUCUCCCACAAAACCUGUGUCUAUUGAGGAGUGUGACUACAGCUUUGAAUUGCCCGAUAAAUGGAAUGCCACUGGCCAUAGCAGUCCUGAUGCAACAAAGUUUAACGGCUUCAAUCUGCACGAGAUAUCUUUUCUGUGGUACACUUUCAUUGGCUCCAUGGGAACUAUACUUUGCUCACUGCUGGCAACAUUUUACUUUGGAAAACAGGAUGUACGACAGGUGGAUAUGGAGCUGGUUGCACCUGUGCUGCGCAAGUAUUGGUAUGGACACUAUAAGAGUGUGUCCAGCGACGAGGAAAUUGAGAAGGACAUGGAGGAACUUAAGCUCCACGAAUCCAUAACACAACUCAAGCUCGAUGAGAAUUGCCCACAAUAA